AUGUUGGCCGCCAGAGGUGUUUCGCUUGGUCUUGGCAAAAUCAAUCUUUCAAAUCUCAAUCAGUUACCUGCUGAUAAGCACAGGGCGUCUCAAUUGAAAACACAAUUAAAACGUGAAAAACGUGAAGAGAAAGCUCGGAAACCAAGAAUUGUCAUCAAAAAGCAAGCCGACGCCAAGGUGAGUCCUUUAUUUUUCCUGAUUUUUCCUAUUCGGACCCGUUUUGGGUAA